UGCCAUCUCGCUUUUGUGGAUAUGAGCGGAAGACAGUAACGACAGUUAGUGGUCAGAUCAGAGCUGAGCGUUAGCCGCUGUCACAGCUAAAGGACAGCCCGCUGCCUUUUAGAAAAACACUGUUAUUACACUACAUUCCCCGCGUGUGUCGUUUAUUUAGGUUAUUAAUAGCGAGGAAGCCAUGUUGAAGUUUAAAUACUUGAGCCAGGGCAGCCUGAAGACGCUGCCCUCCUCCGCUGCUGACCCCAUCACGAGCCGCGGCCUGAGGCUCAACCAGCUGUUCCAGGGAAGAGUCAGCUUGUGCGGGCAGGAAGAAGGAUGCUCUUUAGGACGGGAGGACUUUCUGGAGGCGCUGCUGCUGCUCUAUCAGGAGUGCACUUCCCCACAGCUUAUGAAGAUACAGCACGUGGAAAAGUUUGUCAAUAAAUUUUCUGAAGUGGUCUCAGAGCUGCGGGCCCUGCAGCCAGGGCUUCAGGACUUCAACCUUCGCUCAGUGGUGGGUCGCGGUCGGUAUGCCGAAGUCCAAGUAGUCCGAGAGAAGGCUACCGGAGAUGUUUGUGCCGUUAAAGUGAUGAACAAGGCAGUUCUGCGCACUCAAAAAAAUGUGGUUUUUUAUGAGGAGGAGCGAAAGAUCCUGUCUCUGAAUAGUAGCCCUUGGAUCCCACAGCUUCUUUAUGCCUUUCAGGAUAAAGAUCAUGUCUACUUGGCAAUGGAGUACUUGCCAGGUGGUGACUUGAUGUCUCUGAUGAACCGAUACGAGGAUCAGUUUGAUGAAUCUAUGGCUCAGUUUUAUUUGGCUGAGUUGGUAGAGGCAAUUCAUGCUGUCCACCAGCUGGGUUACGUCCACAGAGACGUCAAACCAGAAAACAUUCUUAUUGAUCGGACUGGUCACAUUAAGCUAGCUGACUUUGGAUCUGCUGCCAGACUGACUGCUAACAAAACAGUGGCAUCUCCCACAGUCCCUGUUGGGACCCAGGAUUUUCUUUCCCCCGAGGUCCUCACUGCCAUGAACGGGGGCUCUCAGAGCACCUAUGGAGCUGAGUGUGAUUGGUGGUCUCUUGGAGUCAUUGCCUAUGAGAUGAUCUAUGCCAAGUCCCCUUUUGCUGAGGGUACUUCUACCAGGACCAUCCAUAACAUUCUCAACUUCCAGCGUUACUUAAAGUUUCCAGAAGAGCCACGUACCAGUAGGCAGUUUGUUGACUUGAUCAGGAACUUGCUGUGCGGAGCAAAGGAGCGACUGGCUUUCCAGGGACUCCGCUGUCAUGCCUUUUUCUCCAGUGUCGACUGGAACAAUUUAAGACAAGUUCUCCCGCCUUUCGUCCCUGCAUUGCAUUCUGAAGAUGACACCUCCAAUUUUGAGGAGCCGGAGCAGGCUGCCCCCCGGCCAGCCUCAGCAACCCAUCAAGGAGCUCUGCCAGCGGGCUUCCAGGGCCAGGAUCUGCCCUUUCUAGGCUGGUUCUUCAGCAGAGCAUUGACAGGAUUGGCUAAAGCUGAGUCAGUGUCUGCAGGCCUCAAUUCUCCUGCCAAGACCAACUCUAUGGAAAAGAAGCUUCAUCUUAAAAGCAAAGAAUUACAAGAAACUCAAGACAAAUGCCAUAAGAUGGAGCAGGAAAUCUCCAGGUUCCAGCGUAAAAUGACUGACCUGGAGUCAGUGCUCCACCAGAAGGAUGUGGAGCUGAAGGCCUCCGAGACUCAGAGAGGCAUCCUGGAGCAAGAUCUCGCCACCUACAUUACUGAGUGCAGCAGUCUGAAGCGAAGCUUGGAAGAGGCACGAGUGGAGGUUUCCAGAGAGGAUGAUAAGGCCCUGCAGCUGCUACACGACAUAAGGGAACAGAGCAACAAGCUACAAGAAAUUAAGGAACAAGAGUACCAUGCCCAGCUUGAGGAGAUGCAGGUGACCAUCAGACAGUUGGAGGAGGACCUAUCGGCUGCACGGCGUCGCAGCGACCUCUAUGAAUCUGAGCUUCGAGACUCCAGACAAACAAGUGAGGAACUCAAACGGAAAGCGGUGGAAUACCAGCAGAGAAUUCAGAAGGCAAAAGAGCAAGGAAAAGUUGAAAUAGAGGAGCUUCUCUCCAAACUUGAGAAGACCAACGCUGAGCAACAAGUGAAAAUCCAAGAGCUCCAAGACAAACUGUCUAAGGCAGUGAAAGCAAGUACAGAAGCUACUGAGCUUCUGCAGAAUGUCCGACAGGCCAAAGAACGACUGGAGCGAGAUCUGGAGCGCCUGCGAGGAAAAACUGAUUCCAGUGAUACUUUAAAACGUCGGCUGAGAGAGACGGAGCAGGAAGGCAGGAAGACCCUUGAGAACCAGGUGAAGAGGCUGGAGAUGGUGGAGCGGCGGGAAAACAAGCUGAAAGAUGACAUCCAGACCAAAUCCCAGCAGAUCCAGCAGAUGGCUGAAAAGAUCCUGGAACUGGAGGAGAACCUGAGAGAUGCCCAGUCAACAGCACAAAGGAUGGAAACUCAACUGGUUCAAAAGGAGAGGCUUUUUGAAGACAAAAUCAAGGUUCUGGAAGCCCAGAUGAAGAUUGAUCUGGCUGACAAGGAGAGCCUGGAGGCAAGAAGGGCCCAGCACGAAGAGGAGUCGAGGGAGAACUGUAAAAUGAUCAGUGAACAGAAAGCAACCAUUAAUGCUAUGGAUUCAAAGAUGAAAAAUCUGGAACAGCGCAUCGCUGAGCUGUCAGAGGCUAACAAGCUGGCUGCUAACAGCAGCAUCUACACACAGAAAAAUAUGAAAGCCCAGGAAGAGAUGAUCUCAGAGCUUCGACAGCAAAAGUUUUACUUGGAGUCUCAGGCAGGCAAACUUGAGGCCCAAAAUGCCAAACUAGAAGAGCACCUGGAAAAGAUGAGUCAGCAGGAGCAAACCAAGAGAACUCGGCUUUUGGAGCUGGAGAGCAGGCUGCGGGAGAUGGGCCUAGAACAUGAAGAAGAAAAACUGGAGAUCAAGAGGCAGGUGUCAGAGCUGACCUUGUCCCUGCAGGAGCGAGAGUCCCAGAUCAGCAGCCUUCAGGCUGCGCGUCUCGCCCUGGAGAGUCAACUGCAGCAAGCUAAGACUGAGCUGGAGGAGACCACUGCUGAAGCUGAGGAAGAGAUAACUGCACUAAGGAACCACAGAGACGAUAUUCAGCGGAAGUUUGAUGCCUUGAGAGACAGUUGUUCAGUGAUCACUGACUUGGAGGAACAGCUCACACAGCUGAGUCAGGAAAAUGCUGAGCUGAACCGUCAAAAUUUCUACUUGUCAAAACAGCUUGACGAAGCGUCUGAUGAAAGGGAAGAUCAGAUACAGCUGAGCCAAGAAGUAGACCGCCUUAGGAGGGAGGUGGCUGACCGUGAGAUGCACCUCAACAAUCAGAAACAGAACAUUGAGACUCUGAAGACAACAUGCAGCAUGUUGGAGGAACAAGUGGUGGAGCUGGAGUCUCUUAAUGAUGAGUUACUGGAGAAGGAGAGGCAGUGGGAGGCAUGGCGAUCAGCCCUGGAGGACGAAAAAAGCCAAGCUGAGAGACGCACCAGGGACCUUCAGAGACUGCUGGACAAUGAAAAGCAAAACAGGCUUCGUGCAGAGCAGCGCAGCACUGAGUCCCGCCAGGCUGUGGAACUGGCUGUCAAAGAGCAUAAGGCUGAGAUAUUGGCCUUACAGCAAGCUUUGAAGGAACAAAGACUGAAGGCUGAAAGUCUGUCUGAUACACUAAAUGAUCUGGAGAAGAAGCAUGCCAUGUUGGAGAUGAAUGCUCGCAGCUUACAACAGAAGCUGGAGACGGAGAGAGAGCUGAAACAAAGGCUUAUGGAAGAGCAAGGGAAGCUCCAGCAGCAGAUGGAUCUUCAGAAGAGCCACAUUUUCCGUUUGACUCAAGGGCUACAGGAUGCCCUGGAUCAGACUGACAUGCUCAAAACUGAGAGGACAGAUCUGGAGUACCAGCUGGAGAAUAUACAGGCUGUAUACUCCCAUGAGAAGGUAAAGAUGGAAGGGACCAUCUCGCAACAGACUAAACUCAUUGACUUCCUUCAGGCCAAAAUGGACCAGCCCACCAAAAAAAAGAAGGGUAUAUUUGGGCGACGACGAGAGGAUGUAGGCACCACAACUAACGGGGCACUGGCUCCCCCGGCCCAGCCGACUGUUCCAAUGCAAUACAGUGACAUGAAACUGGCUUUGGAUAAGGAGCGUUCGAGGUGUGGAGAGCUGGAAGAAGCUCUGCAGAAGAUGAGGAUAGAGCUGCGAUCCCUCAGAGAAGAAGCGGCUCAUUUCAAAGCCCAAGAACACGUGGCUCCUUCCACACCAGCCCAGGCUCGACAUCAGAUCCUAAUGUCAGCUAUUGUCAAAUCUCCAGAACAUCAGCCCAACCCCAGCAGCCUACUCAACCCCUCCACUCGCUCCAAGGAGACCGCUACACCUGAAGAAAAGAGGAGGGUCACGUUUGAAAAGUUUGGACGGCGCGUGAAAGAAAGAAUGCACCACAACAUCCCCCAUCGUUUCACUGUGGGCCUCAACAUGCGGGCUGCCAAAUGUGCCGUCUGCCUGGACACGGUUCAUUUUGGACGGCAGGCCGCCACUUGUCUAGAGUGCCACACCCUGUGUCACCCUAAAUGCUCACCAUGUCUGCCUGCGACCUGUGGUCUGCCAGCUGAGUACGCCACACACUUUUCAGAGGCGCUGUGCCGGGAGAAAGCUAACUCCCCUGCCCUGCAAGUCAAAGAGGCCAGCGGGCAUGUCCGCUUGGAGGGAUGGAUGAAGCAGCCGAGAAAUGGAAAACGUGGCCAGCAAGGAUGGGAGAGGAAAUAUGUGAUUCUUGAUGGAACCAAAGUGUCCAUCUAUGAUACAGAGCCCAGAGAAGAUUGCAUAAAUAUGGAGGAUGAGUUUGAGCUCUGCUUGCCUGAUGGAGAGGUGACUGUACACGGAGCUGUCGGUACCUCUGAGCUCAUCAACACCGCCAAGUCAGAUAUCCCUUAUGUUUUAAAGCUGGAAUCCCAUCCUCACACCACAUGUUGGCCUGGCCAGUCCCUGUAUUUCAUGGCACCCAGCUUCCCUGACAAGCAGCGCUGGGUGGCAGUGCUGGAGUCAGUGGUGGCUAGCAGUCGUGGAUCUAGAGACAAAGUGGAUUCUGAUGCUGCAGGUGUUUCUAAGAGACAGAAGAACCUAUCCCCUCUGGUUCAGAAACUUCUUGGCAAUUCUCUUCUUAAACUGGAGGGUGACGAUCGUCUGGACAUCAACUGCACUCUGCCUCUCACUGACCAGAUUGUCUUGGUUGGCUCCGAGGAGGGUUUGUAUGCUCUGAACGUCAUUAAAAACUCUUUGACCCACAUCCCCGGCUUGGCCUCCGUCUUCCAGAUUCAGAUCCUGAAGGAGCUUGAUAAGCUGCUGAUGAUUACUGGGGAAGACAGGGCCCUUUGUCUCGUGGAGAUCAAGAAGGUGAAACAGUCUUUGUCACAGUCCCAUCUCCCAGCUCAGCCUGACCUCAGUCCUUUCAUCUUUGAGACGGUUAAGGGAUGCCACCUCUUCUCCUCUGGAAAGAUUGAUAAUGGGCUCUGUAUAUGUGCUGCAAUGCCUAACAAAAUUACAAUUCUUCGGCAUAAUGAAAGCCUCAACAAGUUCUGCAUCAGAAAGGAGAUUGAGACAUCGGAGCCAUGCAGCUGUAUUCACUUCACUGGCUACAGCAUCAUUAUCGGCACCAACAAGUUCUAUGAGAUUGAGAUAAAGCAAUACGUACUUGAAGAGUUCCUGGAUAAAAAUGAUGUUACGCUUGCUUCAGCUGUCUUUGCUGCAUCCUCGCACAGCUUCCCCAUCUCCAUCAUCCAGGUCACCACCGCCCCACAGAAGGAUGAAUAUCUACUCUGUUUCCAUGAGUUUGGUGUUUUUGUGGAUGCAUACGGUCGCAGGAGUAGAACAGAUGAUAUCAAAUGGAGCCGUCUCCCUCUCUCCUUCGCCUAUAGAGAGCCCUACCUGUUUGUGACCUACUUCAACUCUCUGGAUGUAAUUGAGAUUCAAGGAUACGCAGGUCUUGGGCCACACUCAUAUGCACAUUUGGAUAUCCCUAAUCCUCGCUACCUUGGCCCAGCCAUCUCCUCUGGGGCCAUCUACCUGGCCUCGUCCUACCAGAACAAACUGCGGGUCAUUUGCUGCAAAGGCAACCUGAUCCAGAGCCAGGACGGAGGAGAUCUGCAGCGCAGUGGCUCUGGACGCAGUCCGAACAAGCGUGGGCCUCCCUCUUACAAUGAGCACAUCUCUAAAAGGCUUGCAGCCAACCCUCUAGUCCACGGAGAUCCGGGCACGCCUCACCGCUACAGAGAGGCCCGCACAGAGUUUCGGCGGGACAAGUCCCCCAGCCGUCCACUGGAGAGGGAGAAGUCUCCCGGCAGAAUGCUGGAGAGCCGGAUAGUUGGGUCUCCUGGCCGGGCCAUGGCUGAUCCUCGGCUAGAGCGCUCCCCGGGCCGGGCCAUGGUAGACCCUCGCAUGGACCGCUCCCCGGGCCGAAUGAUGGACGUCCGAAGAGAGAGGUCCCCUGGACGACUAGAAGAGCGACAACGGCUUCACACUGGCUCUGGACGCACACCCAUAACCCCUAUUAAUAAGGUGUGGGACCAGUCUUCUGUUUAAGGGACAACAGAGCCACGUAUCCAUCAUGGACAGAGUCAUUCACCUUUGCAAAGAGAAAGGAGGGAGCAGGGAAACAUCACCAACUCAUGAUGAAACACUGCCACACAUCUGUUUUACCUAAACUGAAAGACCCACUCUGGGUUUUUCAGAUUGUAGCUAUCAGAGCAUAGAGCAAGAUCUAGAAAAACUAAAGUGAUGUCAGUAGUCAAAGUAUUUUUCAAUAAAGAUCAGCAAAAUGCCAUGUCAACUCCCCGACCAAGGUUUCUGUGAUGUUUUUCAGCAUCUAUUCUCUAAUCUAAGUAGGGAUUAGUAAUUAGACACAAUUUCUUCUUUUUCAACAAAAAUCUGAGUUGUGAGCUCUCAAGUAAAACUUGAUGGGUAUUGCUAGCUUUGUUUAAGACAAUAGUGACACAAAACAGAUGAGCACAGCUGUAGCAAACAUCUGCAAAGUAACCAGUUAAAAAUGCCAGAUGUUGACUUCAAUUAUCAUUACGUUAUUAGAACUUGUUGUUUCCUCUUUGAGUCCAGAUCUGCCCACAGUAGCUCAGUUCUGGGCAGAUGUGUUGCAAGUUAUCUGUUAUAAAUCGAAAAGCAUCUCUGGCGUCAGCCCUGCACUGAUAUGUCAACACACAAUCAACAUCGGGUGAUUACAAUCAUUUUCAACUCGGUCGCCUGUCACCUGCUGACAGCACGUAGCUGAAGAGCAUACAAAUGAAGUAUAAUUAGAUGAAUGAACUCUGGAGAAGCCGCGCUGUAGAGCCACAUACUAGCUUGUUGUCUGUCCGUGAUAUGUCGACCCUAAAAGUGCACUACCCACAAACUCCAGCAACAAUGGAGCAGGACCUUUCUAAUCCUUCAGAACGCAAUCUGACUGUAAAUAGACGAGACAUAAUUUUAUAUAUACUGAGAGGGAUAUUCACGGCUGGAAAAGACAUGUCUAUUUUUGUUAAAGAAAAAAGUGAUAAAGUGUCCUCUUGAAUGUCCGAUGAGUAUGCUUUUAAUAUGUCCCAAUGUCCUUUAUCAAGUGAGUGAUUGUAUCUGGAUCACAAACAUGUAUGCAUUUCCAUCCGUCAAAAAGGCAAAACCUCAGUGCUGAAAUAUAUGAAGGGAUGGUUUAAAAAAAAAAAAAGUGUUUGACGCUUACAUCAUAGUACUUGAGCAUUUCUUUUUGUACAAUGUCCCUUAUUGUUGUAUAUAACGCAAAAAUGUUAAAGGUGAAGUUGAAAAUAAUCCUUGUUUUUCUCCUGACGCGUAAAUGGCAUGGAUAUGUAUAUCUGACAUGAAAUGGAGUGUCGUCUUCUGCUUCUGCCUCACUGGGGUUUUUUUUAUUCCACAAUUUAACAUGAAAGUAUGUGAAUACUAUUGGGUUGUUUUGUUUUUUUACUUACGAAUUUUCAGAAAUAAUUCCUGUCUCUGUAAUUAGUGAAUAUCUUGGAAAUUUAAGACAACCAGUCCAACCUUAAAUUUGCUUAACCUGUCCCCCUCUUUAUUUUUUAAUUUUUUGGUUCAUUUGACUGAGAGAAGUUUCAUUCAUAUCGCCAUACUCGAUUAAAAUAGAAUAUUUUAGUGGUUUUUGUCAUGUUUUGUUUUUUUUACCCAAUGUUUUUAACCGUAACAACCUAAGCAGGAAGAUCUUUUUCCUCACGUUUGAGCAGCUGUUUUUGGAUGUAAAGGGAAAAAAAAAAUCCUACUGAAUGUAUCGAAGCAAAAAAAAAAAUGAAGCUGGUUUAAGAACAACUGCAACAGAUUGCACACUUUUCAACGGAUCUCUGUAGGACUCUGUACAAAAGGUUCUGUAAUUCAUCUUACCUGAUUUUUAUUUUUUUAGGUUUGUUUUUAAUCGUCUUUAUGCUUUCACAUGACCUUGAUCAUCAUGCUGUAACACUAGAUAUAAUAUUCAAGUCUAACAAAUGUUUAAUUAGGUGCAAAGAUCUUCUGUAGCUUUUGUCACAGAAUAUUAAAUAUUAUAACCAUUGU